AUGGCACCCCACUGCCGCUGGCAAGAGCUCAAGGACAUGGUACGCCAGACGGCCUUGCAUAUCCGACAGGCAGUCGUAUACGACGACCAGCACGGAUUUCCCACUGGGUUGGGGCAAAUUAUUGUGAAGAAUGAAGACGAAGCAUGGCGCACAUACCAUAGACUUUCCACCAACGGAUGGGAUGGACAGAGUCUCGUCGUCACUCUGGCUCGAACGAGCUCCCCUACAAGGCCUGUUGCAGGUCCCACGAAGAGCCCUACCUGUGUGAUUCCCCCGGCAUACGUUGCAGGCUAUUCGACUCCUCCUCGAGUCGCGCAGAACUUGGCCAUUCCUCCUUCACCCAUCUCCCCAGACACCCCUCUUGUCCCAAUGACUCCAGGCCCGGCCCCAGUUUACCAGGGCCAGGGCCCAGAGUAUGCACAGGUCAUCAACCCGAUGGCCAUGCCCCCUCCUCCUCCUCCUCCCCCCUAUCUCCAGCCCUUCGUCCCCGUCUUCACCGACCAACUACCAAGUAUCCCACACUCGCCAUCUCUGAGCCACUCCUUCUGCGACACGCUCGCCUUCGCCAUGCUCCCCACAUACCCUAUCCCCCAGCUACACCCUCACCCCGAACACCCUUUCACCAACAGCAACACCAACAACAACAACACCCCCCGACCAAGAACCACCUUCUACCCGCGCAAACCUUCAAGCAGCGAACCAAGCCAACUCCAAACCAACUCCCGCUUCACACCCCGCCGCACCAUCUUCAUCCAGAACCUCGGCCCAACAACCACACCCCACGACCUGACCCUCUUCCUCCAAGACGCAGGCACCAUCGAGCAGUGCGAGAUGCCCCUAAACCCAGACACAGGCCGCUGCAAGGGCUUCGCGCGCGUCACCUUCCGCUCCGCCGACGAGGCCAAGCGCGCCAUCGCUCUGUACAACACGGCGUUUUUCCUCGGCGCCAAGAUCAGGGUUAAGAUUGACCGGAGUAGCUAUUUUUCUUCGGGUCAUGGACAUGGCCAGGGCCAGGGUUAUGCUGCGAGCGAAGGGUAUUAUCUGCCGAAUAGCCUCAGCCAUUCCGAGAAGAAGACGGAUCAGGUUGAUAUAACCACCGCGCCGGGCCCGAGGACGGUGGACAGGAACAGUGUGCGCCAGGGGGCCAACGACAGGGAGAGGGAUCGAUGCCAGCCACUUGUGGUGAAUGGGUCCGGACUGGGGAGCAAGACGGCGCUGGCGAUUUGA